CGGCCUAGACGAUGCUGUGGUGGAGACGGUGGAGGAGGCCACGGAGCCCGCCGAGGCGGACAUCACGGGGCUGUGCCAGGACAUGUUCUCCAAAAUGGCCACGUACGUGACGGGCGAGCUCAUAGCUACCAGUGAAGACUAUAAACUUCUGGAAAAUAUGAACAAACUGACUAGCUUGAAGUAUCUAGAAAUGAAAGAUAUUGCAGUAAACAUAAGUAGAAACCUAAAGGACUUAAACCAGAAAUAUGCAGCACUUCAGCCUUAUCUGGAUCAGAUCACUCUAAUUGAGGAGCAAGUAGCAGCUCUUGAGCAGGCAGCUUACAAAUUGGAUGCAUAUUCAAAGAAACUAGAAGCAAAGUACAAGAAGUUAGAGAGGCGAUGA